ACCUUUGUCGCUUGUCCGUGCAGUUGAACCGCGGGACCAAUUUCGUCAACACAAUCCGGAAUAGUCAACAUGGCGGCCGCCAUACGUUGCCUCAGUAGAGCCUUGAUACGACAUCAAAGGGAUUGUUUUUCCAAGACAGUUUACCAGGCCCCUCCUUCCCUUUGCUCUGUGAAUAUUCUCUGGACCCACAGACAUUUUGCUGCUGCUGCUGCUACGAAGCCGGCAAGGAAAAUUAAGAAAGAAGGAAAAGACAAGGAAAAGGUGUCAGGUGAAAAUCCAGAUGAUAUAGAAAAAAUAAAGUCAUAUACGUAUAUGGAAAGUGAACCUGAAGAUGAUGUCUAUUUAAAACGCUUGUACCCGAGGCGGAUCUAUGAGGUGGAGAAAGCUAUUCAUUUACUUAAGAAGUUUCAGGUUCUGGACUUCACAAAUCCAAAGCAAGGCGUCUACCUUGAUUUAACAUUAGAUAUGACAUUGGGGAAAAAGAAAAAAGUGGAGCCAUUUGCCAGUGUUAUUAGUUUGCCAUACCCUUUUGCUUCAGAAGUCAACAAAGUUGCUGUGUUUACAGGGAAUGCAUCAGAGGUUAAAAUAGCAGAAGAGAAUGGAGCUGUGUUUGCAGGAGGAGCAGAUCUGGUUAAGAAGAUCUUGGAUGAUGAGGUUGUUGUGGAUUUUUAUGUAGCUGUUCCAGAAAUAAUGACUGAGCUUAACCCAUUAAGGAAGAAACUGAAGAAAAGAUUUCCAAAGGCUACCAGAAAUUCCAUUGGUCGUGACAUCCCAAAAAUGCUUGAAUUAUUUAAAACUGGACAUGAAAUUAUGGUAGAUGAAGAAAGGCAGAACUUCCUCAGCACCAGAAUAGCGACAUUGGAUAUGCCAAGUGAUCAGUUAACUGCCAAUCUUCAAGCAGUUAUAAAUGAAGUCUGUAGGCACAGACCACUAAAUCUGGGUCCCUUUGUGGUGCGUGCCUUCCUUCGUAGUUCAACCAGUGAAGGUUUGCUGCUGAAGACUGAUUCACUGUUGCCCAAAGAAGUUGAAACCAAAGAAGCUACCUAAAAGUGUUGUAUUGGGAAAUUAUUGUGUGUGGGGGGGGGGGGGGGGCAAAAGAGAAAUCUAUAAAACUAUAAUUUCUAGUUUGGCUCCUCAUGGUUUCUUGAUCAGUACAUUUAGAAGUAAAUUUUAACACUAAUUUUUUGGUUUUUUUUUUUUUUUUUUUUUUUUACAGUUUCAAUAUAAAGAAAUGUCAGUUUUUAAAAAUUAUUUCACAGGGUAUUUAAAUUGCCCCCAAGAGAACAAACACUUGGUUUUCUGAUCUUCCUUCCCCGGCUCCUCUCUGGGGUGCUUUGUAUCCAUUAAACCUGGGAUUUUUCUAAUUUGA